GCAGUAAGGAGCCUCAAAGGACAAGAGAGAGGAGACAAUUCCUUGUCAGCUGCACUGGUCUACGUAGAGGGCUGUCCUGUCACGUCACCUACUAGCAGUUCAUUUGAUGGUAACAUCUCUGUAUUGAUGUGUUGGUGUACUGUACAUGACCAAUGAGAAGGAAGUUACAAAGAAUCUGAAAAUUUCAAGUUUUGCUGCUGGUUCACUGUCACCAUCAUGUUGAAAAAACAUUACCGUCACCAAAUGGGAGGCUUUGCUUUGACCACAGUGGCCUGGCUGCUUUGCUGCAUCUCCAUGGGGCUUCCUCAGUGGAGAGUGUGGUACUAUGAAGAUCCGAAGAUUUUCAAGCCUACAGUGGCCUUUGUGGGCAUAUGGAGAGCCUGUGUUGUCCACAGUGGCAACAACACCAAGGAAAUCAGAAUAUGUCACCAAUAUAACUACCGUGACAACUUCCUUCCUUUAUAUAUUCGAAUAAAUCAGCACCUGCUGCUGAUGUCUAGCUUUUUAGGCCUCUUUGGGAAAAUCACCACCAUUAUUGCUCUUUGGAAAGUCUGUAUGGGAAGAGAAUGGAGGAAUGCCAUCUGCAAUCCAUUCAGCCUUUCAGGGAUUCUGAACAUCAUUGCUAGCAGUUUUCUUUAUCUUGCUGUUUUGUUCAAUUACAUAUCCAUCAUGCGCAAAUGGGGGAUUGCCUUUCCACCAUCUUUCCACAUGCCUUCUCACCCCGACACUCAGAAGAUUGGUAGUGCCAUGGUUCUGGCAAUUACAGCUGCAGUUUUCUUUCUAAUAAGUGGCAUAAUUUGUCUUUCUUCAAAUUUAGCCAUAGGCAAGACACCCCGUUCCAAAAAUUAAAAGUAAAUUGCUACCUUAUACUGCGUUGAAAAUCAAGCAAAGCUAGCAAGCAUUUGUCAUUGUGUCUACAUAAAUUUUCAAAGAACUCAAAAUGAUGCCAAAGGUGGCCAGCAACAAAAAAAUGGUCAAAUUGGCCCUCUCUUAUCUUUUUGUCUUCUUUUUUGUUUCCUUAAUUCAUUAUAUGGA